CAUGUGUUUUGUGUGCUACAUUGUUUGUGUGGUUUGUUGGGUUUGCAUGUCUUUGCAUGUUUAUCUUGUGUUUGUGCAGAUGUGCUUGGAUUGUGCAUGGCAUCGAGCACAUUCCAACGAGCCAAGAAUUGUUGGAAUCGGAGCACAUAUGAAGAAGUUACGAAGAGGUGUUUGAUGGAUUUGUUACAACUCAUUGGAAGUCCUUGGCAGCUGCUACACCAAAGUUGGAGAGCCCUAUAACGAGGAGGGACCAGCAUAGCCCAUUAUCACGCAUUUGGGACCUAAAAUACGAUGGGAGAUAAGGAGGACUCUGGUGGAGGUGAUACUUCAGUCCAAGGAGGCAGCUCAACCCAAGAUUCUGGCAUUGCAGCGCAAAGGGGAGCGCGUACAAGCCAGGGGUCACUGCUUGAGGAGGUGCUGAAGAACUUCACCAUUGAGAAGUUCUUUGGAGAUGGCUAUGAUGAUUGGGCAUGGAAGAUGCAGCUCUACUUUCGACAAAUUGGCCUCUUGAAGCUCAUGAUUGGAACGGAGCCCAGGCCAAAGGAAAUGGCAGAGCGAGCGGACUGGGAUGAACGUUCAUCUGCUGGGUAUUAUCUACUGUCACAAAGCUUGGAGCUGAACCAGAGGCAUCACAUCAUGCAUCUGCUGCCGGAAACUGAUUGUGGGCCCAAGGCAUGGGCAGUGCUCAAGGACCUGCACGCUCCGACAUCGGUUGCCGCUUCUCUCAUGCUGGAUCGGGAGCUGUCCAUGCUGCGGUUGAGCGAGAAUGAACCUGUGCAGCCCGUGAUGACAACACCAGCGGCUAUGCCAUGCAAGGGACAUGGAGAGAUCGAGGGCGUGGCAAUCGCGGUCGCUCUUACUACAACCAAGGUGGUCGCGGGACUUGGAACCAGCGGGGGCGUGGUGGCGCUGGUGCAAGAGGAAGAGGUGGUCACUCCAACAAUGACAACAGUGAACCACGCUUGAGGGGAGAGUGCUGGUAUUGCAAGGAAGAAGGGCAUCCAUGGUUUCGCUGCUCUACCAAGCCCGACUGGUGGACCCCUUGGAACCAAUCGCAAAAGGGGAAUGGAAGAAAGCAACCACAUGGAG